AUGCCUCCUCAGAGUUCUUCCUCACGCAGAAUCAAAAACAUCUCUAUUUCCAAGCCUAUUAUCUAUGGCAAUGUGGCACAGAAGAUCUCUGAGACCAACCCGCUUCCCGAAGGCGCGCCCGCAGACCACACGCACACAUGGAAAGUAUUCGUUGCUGACCCGCUAGGCAACGAUUUGUCGAGCUAUAUUCGUAAAGUGGUGUUUAAACUGCACGACACUUACAACAAUCCGACUCGGUCCAUCGAAGAGCCGCCAUUCGAGGUGUCUGAGACCGGUUGGGGAGAGUUUGAGAUUGUGAUCAAGAUAUACUUCAACAACGACUGCGGCGAGAAAAAUAUCACGUUCUACCACCAUUUGAAACUCCAUCCGUAUGGACCGGACAUGGAAGAAAGCCAGAAAACCGGAAGAGUGGAAAGCAUACUAUUUGACGAGAUUGUUUUCAAUGAGCCUACAGAGAGAAUGUUCAGACUGCUGACCGCCAAACCCGGCUCGUUGCUGCCCUACAAAAGUGAGAAUUCCAAAUUCACCAAAGAAGCAGAGCGACAGGAGAUUGACCGGAUCGAAAAAGCCCUCGAAGAAGUCAGAAAACAAAUUGACCAGAAAAGCGCCGAAUUCAAAGAGCUGGAACAGGAAAGACAACAACUUGUCGCAUGAGCGCGUUUAUACGAUAAUGAAGUGUCUUUUAUUAGAGCGUCGAAAAAGCUAGUGUACAUUAAUAUACUCCAAAGUCUCCUCAACCACUUGUUGUAGGCUCUGCCCCGAGCCAAAAUAUUUGUUGUAGUCGUAAUUCACAAGAAUCUUCACCAGCUCGAGCCCGCUUCUGUUGAAAACCAUUACUGAAGCUAGCGGAUACGUGCCGCCGCCCAACGGAUCGGUCACCCCGAGACGUUUUGCCAAUAUUCCACGCGAAUCAAGCAAUAUUGGGAAACCAUAGCUAUUGGAACCGUGGUAGUUACUGGUUACCCCAAGAACGUAUCCGGGGAAGUGCGCAGAGUCCAUCAUCUGAAGCAGCUGAAAAUCACACUCUGCUGCGCCAAAGAAGAAGAGAACCAUCGGAAGCGAGAGGUUGGCAUUAUGCCGAUUGAAUACAAUUUUGGUGUCUGAUUCUGGUCCCAGAAAAUACAUGUCGUCAUUAUCAGUGGCCACAUCGAGCAAAUCAAAAACGCUAGACUUAGGCAAAUGCGCUUGCUUGAUCACCACAUCAGGUACUCCGCGCUGGCAACUCUGGACAAACUCUGAGCUGGAGGAAGUGGAUGAUAAUGGUCGUACUUUCUUCGAAACAGAACCAUACUCGGCAUCGUCAUACGAGCGCUUGGCGCGCCAGACAGUGUCAAUCAUAGGGGAAAGAUCAUGGGCGGGAAAUUGGAGCUGGGUGGAAGACUGAAGACUGGUAGGCAUAGCGAAAAGAGAAAAUGCAGUGACAAACGCAAAGAUGGAUGAUUUAAACUCAGCGGGUGGCCCAAGAUGAU